GCGUGGGAGUGAGGUUUUUGGUUCAUAAAAAUUCAUUUUAUCUAUCUGUUAACACAAAAUGGAGAAGCUGAAGCUGAAGCUGAAGCUGAAAUGAAGUUGAACCAAUGCAAGCCAAGGCAGCAACAAUAACAACAAUAAAGAUGUACUUGUAGUUCUUCAAAAUUCAAAUCCUUCUCCACUCACUAACUCAAUCACAGUGAAGAGAAGCUACAAUGGCUUUCGUCCAAACCUCUCCGUAUAAGGUUUUAUCGCAAAGAACUUGCUCAUCUUUUAGGAAAAGCACUUCCAUUAAGUUGUUUUAUUUCAGAGGAAGCCCUUCGGCCAAAGCGUUCUCUCUCUUAAACCUGACACACUAUACUACUGGUUCUGGUGAAUUUUGUUCUUCCUCAAAGCGAAGAUCUAGAGGACCUGUAAUGGCAGCAAAGAAAACUUCUGAAGGGGCAAAGCAAGAAGAUGGCAAAUACAAGCACACGGUUGAUUUGCCCAAGACAGCGUUUGGCAUGAGAGCAAACUCAUUGGUCAGGGAGCCUGAAAUUCAGAAAAUAUGGGAUGACAAUCAGGUCUACAAGAGAGUUGUUGAAAGAAAUAAUAGGCUACUCUGUCAGGGAAAUUUUAUUCUUCAUGAUGGUCCUCCAUAUGCCAAUGGCGAUCUUCACAUGGGGCACGCGUUAAAUAAGAUUUUGAAGGAUAUAAUCAAUCGUUAUAAGCUUCUUCAAAACUACAAAGUUCGUUAUGUGCCAGGGUGGGAUUGUCAUGGGCUACCUAUUGAAUUGAAAGUUCUGCAGUCACUGGAUCAAGAUGCCAGAAAGGAUCUCACACCAUUAAAAUUGAGAGCAAAGGCGGCUAAAUUUGCCAAACAAACUGUGCAAAAUCAGAUGGCAUCAUUUAAGCGGUUUGGAGUAUGGGCAGACUGGAAUAAUCCCUAUCUAACUCUCGAUCCAGAAUAUGAAGCUGCCCAGAUUGAAGUGUUUGGCCAGAUGGCCAUUCGAGGUUAUAUCUACAGAGGCAGGAAACCCGUUCACUGGAGUCCCUCGUCACGAACUGCUCUUGCAGAAGCUGAAUUGGAGUAUCCUGAGGGGCAUGUUUCAAGAAGCAUAUACGCCAUUUUCAAAAUAGCGGACACACCUCCUACUUCAAGUGGCUUUUUAAAGGAUUUUUUCCCAGAUUUGUGCUUGGCAAUAUGGACUACAACUCCCUGGACUAUUCCGGCCAAUGCUGCGGUUGCAGUGAAUGCCAAGCUUCAAUAUGCCAUAGUUGAAGUACAGUCACUCUCAGGAGAUGUUUCUUUAUCUGCUGGAAAUAAAAAACAAAGGCUUGGAAAUAUUCUUAAGGAGUCAAAGAAGCCUUUUCUUAUUGUAGCAUCAGAUCUUGUGCCGACAUUAGAAGCAAAAUGGGGAGUGAAGCUUAUCAUUAAGAAAAUACUAUCGGGUUCAGAUCUUGAAAAUUGCAGGUAUAUCCAUCCAAUAGAUAACAGAGAAUGUCCAGUUGUGAUUGGAGGAGAUUAUAUUACAACAGAGUCAGGAACUGGACUGGUACAUACUGCUCCUGGACAUGGUCAGGAGGAUUAUGUGACUGGCCUGAAGUAUGGACUGCCUAUACUUUCUCCUGUUGGUGAUGAUGGAAAGUUUACUGAAGAAGCUGGACAGUUUAGUGGGCUUGAUGUACUUGGGGAUGGUAAUAUUGCUGUUGUGAAUUGCUUGGAUGAACAUUUGUCCAUUAUCAUGGAAGAAUCAUAUGAACAUAAGUAUCCUUAUGAUUGGCGAACCAAAAAACCUACUAUAUUCAGGGCAACGGAGCAGUGGUUUGCAUCAGUGGAAGGGUUUCGCGAGGCUACUAUGAAUGCAAUUAGUGAUGUAAAAUGGUUUCCUCCUCAGUCAGAAAACAGAAUUUCUGCAAUGACUUCUAGCCGCUCUGAUUGGUGUAUUUCGCGACAAAGGACAUGGGGCUUGCCUAUUCCAGCCUUUUAUCAUGUGCAGUCAAAGGAACCUCUUAUGAAUGAAGAGACUAUCAAUCAUAUCAAGACUAUAAUAGCUCAAAAGGGUAGUGACGCAUGGUGGUACAUGACAGUAGAGGAUCUUCUCCCAGAAAGGUAUCGUGAAAAAGCAUCUGAUUAUGAAAAGGGGACUGACACUAUGGAUGUAUGGUUCGAUUCAGGCUCUUCUUGGGCUGCGGUCUUGGGUAAAAGAAAUGGCCUUAGUUUUCCUGCGGACUUGUACCUUGAAGGUACUGACCAGCAUCGUGGGUGGUUCCAAAGUUCUCUAUUAACAAGUAUUGCUACAAAAGGGAAAGCUCCAUAUUCCAGUGUUGUAACACAUGGAUUUGUAUUGGAUGAGAAGGGUUUAAAGAUGAGCAAAUCUUUGGGUAAUGUUGUAGAUCCACGCACUGUGAUCGAAGGAGGAAAAAAUACAAAGGAAGCACCUGGCUAUGGAGCUGAUGUCUUGCGACUUUGGGUUUCUAGUGUAGAUUAUACAGGUGAUGUAUUGAUCGGCCCUCAAGUCCUCCGCCAAAUGUCUGACAUUUAUAGAAAGCUGCGUGGAACAUUGAGAUACCUUUUGGCGAAUCUGCAUGACUGGAAAGCUGACUAUACUGUUUCAUACCACACCCUUCCCAUGAUUGAUCAGCACGCACUGUUUCAGCUCGAAAAUGUUAUAAUGAACAUUAGAGAGAACUAUGAAAAAUAUCAAUUCUUUAAAAUAUUUCAGAUCAUACAACGGUUUGUCAUUGUUGACCUAUCAAAUUUCUAUUUUGAUGUUGCAAAAGAUCGACUUUAUGUUGGGGGCACAACAAGUUUUACAAGGAGAAGUUGUCAAACAGUUCUUGCAGCACAUCUGCUUUCCAUUGCGAGAGCAAUUGCUCCAAUAUUACCGCAUUUGGCUGAGGAUGUAUGGCAAAACCUCCCCUUUCAGUAUACCAUGGAAGAUGGUUCGAUUGCUGAAUUUGUUUUCGAAUCAAGAUGGCCAACCCUCAAUGAAACUUGGCUUGCUUUUCCUACCAAAGAAACUGAUUUCUGGGAAAAAAUUCUUGAGCUGAGAACUGAGGUGAAUAGAGUCCUGGAGAUUGCACGUACUGAGAAACUGAUUGGUUCCAGUUUAGAUGCAAAGGUUUACCUUCAGACUUCUGAUGCCAGCCUGGCAUCUAGAUUGUGUGAGAUGUGUGCAGCAAGCAACGAUGUAGACACAUUGCAUCGCAUAUUCAUCACAUCUCAGGCAGAGGUUCUUCCCUCUUUAGAAGAUGAGAUGAUUUCCCACAUACCAUUCAGUGGAGAGUGUCUCAUUCAAGGAAAGAGCAAGGUUUGGAUUGGUGUGUCUCGUGCUGAGGGUUUAAAGUGUGAAAGAUGCUGGAAUUUUUCACCCCAAGUUGGUUCUUUUUCGGAGCAUCCCACCCUUUGCAACCGCUGCUAUAAUGUGGUUGAUGCUCAACCACUUCCAGCUGUUGCAAUGACAAGCUGAGAUUCUGGGAAGUGCAAUUUUUUACCAAUUUAGCCCGGCACUAGAUUUGAUUUGGUUGAUUCAAAAGAUCAGAGCUGCAAAUAUUUCAAUUUAGCCGACAUUUUGAUUUGGCCAGUACACCCUUUCUGCAGCAUAAUGUGUUGACUUCCAAUUCUGUUAAGUGAAGCCCAAUUUUGGCACAAUUGAAUUCUAAAAAUUUGUUCUGUAUGGAGUUCCAGAAACACCACUCCUAUACAUAUAAAACCAUUUUUAGAUAUUUAUACAAAAAUGUAUACCUACGAUUUUAA